UCCCUUUUCACGAUCUCUUUCUCUUUCCUGCUCUCCAAACCUUAGACAUUUAUUUUUCCAUACUCGCUUUUGUACCCCCCUCUAUUUUCAAUUCAAAACCCUUUCCGAAUGGGACCAAAACGUAUCACAUACCUGUAUGACGAUGAGGUGGGCAACUACAACUACGGAUACGACCACUGCAUGAAGCCGUUCCGGAUCCGCAUGGCGCACAGCAUCAUCACGUCGUAUGGGCUGGACAAAAAGAUGAACAUGCGGCGGCCGCCGCGGGCGACGGCGGAGCAGAUGACGCGGUUCCAUACCGACGACUACAUCACGUAUCUGCGGCUGGUGUCGCCGGAGCUGGCAGAGCUGAUGCCGACGUACAACGAGCGAUUUCUGCCGCCGAUGGACUGCCCGCCGUUCGACGGGCUGUACGAGUUCUGUUCGAUCUCGGCGGGCGGGUCGAUCGCGGGCGCAAAGAGCAUCAACCAGGGCGAGUCGGACAUAGUGAUCAACUGGGCGGGCGGGCUGCAUCAUGCCAAGAAGGGUGAGGCGUCCGGGUUCUGCUACGUCAACGACAUUGUGCUGGCGAUCCUGGAGCUACUGCGAUAUCACCAGCGCGUGGUGUAUCUGGAUAUUGAUGUGCAUCACGGCGAUGGCGUCGAGGAGGCGUUCUAUACAACUGACCGCGUCAUGUCGGUGAGCUUCCACCAGUUUGGCAACUUCUUCCCCGGCACCGGCGACAUCAAGGACGUCGGGGUGGAGCGCGGCAAGUACUAUGCGGUGAAUGUGCCGCUGCGCGAAGGAAUCGACGACGAGACAUACGCUUUUGUGUUCCAGCGUGUCAUGCGCAAUGUCAUGGAGACGUACCGGCCCGGCGCAGUGGUGAUGCAGUGCGGCACCGACUCGCUGUCGGGCGACCGGCUCGGGUGCUUCAACCUCAGCAUGAAGGGCCAUGCCGCCUGCGUUGAAUUCAUGAAGUCGUUUGGCGUGCCGCUGUUCUGUGUGGGCGGCGGCGGCUACACGAUCCGCAAUGUCGCGCGCACGUGGGCGUACGAGACCUCGGUGCUGGUGGGCGAAAAGGUCAGCCCGGUGCUGCCCUACAACGACUACUAUGAGUUCUAUGGACCCGACUACUCGCUAGACGUGCCUGCCAACAACAUGGUCAACCAUAAUACGCGCGAGCAGCUGGAGAAAAUCGUGGCCGAUAUCCACGACCACCUGCGGCAUGUGCCGCACGCCCCGUCGGUGCAGAUGCACGAGGUGCCCAGGGACUGGCCGUCGGAUAGCGAGGAGGAGAGCGACGGUGAUAUGGCGCUGGCAGAGAAGCGGCGCCAGCAGGCUGCCAGCAGGGAGGCCGCUGGCACACACAGGAGCAAGCGCGUCAGGGCCCGCCGCACCCGCCCGGCCGAGGACGAGCCCUUGAUCCGGCGCGAGCAGCAGCGGGCCGAGGACGACUCGGGGAGCAACUACAGCGAGAGAGAUUAAAUGGGCUCUGGCACUGCUGCUGGCUUGGCCUGUGCUCGUUGCAACGCAGCCAAGCGAGAGCCCAUUCCCUCCCACCCUUCAUCGCUGCUGAUUUUUCCUCCCACUGCUUGUGAUCUAAAUAUCAGC